GGCGACACCAGCUCAUUACCUACAGCCCUAUUAGCUCGGCAUAUAUAGCCUAGGACGUUCUCUGUGCUUCCUCCGCUCCCACCCCCUCGCGAACCAAGGACCAGCGAGGUCUAGCGAUGUCCGGCAUGCAGCACCUCGGCAAGGGCAUCGUCCGCGCAGCCAAAAACUACACGAAGGGAUACUCAGAUGUUCAAUCCAAGGUUCGGGAUGCGACGUCGAACGACCCCUGGGGUCCAUCGGGCACCCAGAUGAACGAGCUCGCGCAGCUAUCAUAUAACCAGGACAACUUCGUGGAGAUCAUGGAGAUGUUGGACAAGCGUUUGAACGACAAGGGGAAGAACUGGCGGCACGUCUUCAAGUCACUCACGGUGCUCGACUAUCUCCUCCAUGCGGGCUCCGAGAACGUUGUGGUGUACUUCCGGGACAACCUAUACGUUAUCAAGACCCUAAAGGAGUUUCAAUAUGUCGACGAGGAGGGCAAGGACCAGGGCGCGAACGUCCGGCAGAAGGCGAAGGACAUUACGAACCUGCUCCAGGACGAGUCACGGUUGCGCCAUGAGCGGAGAGACCGCGCCAUGAUGCGCGAUCGGAUGGUCCGUGGUAGGGGUGAAGGAGGCGAAGACGAUAGCGAGAACGCGCAGAGGCGGUCGCAGAGUCUCCCUUCACGGAAACGGAACGGUGGGGGCCGGGAGGAUGAUGAACUGCGCAAGGCACUGGAGGAGAGCAAGCGGACCGCGGCGGAGGAGCAGGCGCGGGCGAGGCUCACGGCCGAGGAACGCGACCUGCAGCAGGCAAUCAAGCUCAGCGAGGAAGAGGAGGCUCGCCGUGCGAAGGCUGUACAAGACGCGAACCAGUCGGGUCUGUUCGAUGAUGCCCAGCAACAAGCAUCACAGUCCAGCACAAAUCCCUUCCCGCUCGUGGACACCUCCUUCCAGAACCAAUCCCAGUUCAUCCAGCCUCAGUUCACCCAAAUCCAACCCCAAUUCACGUCCUUCAACCCGUACCAGCAGCAGGCUCAGCAGGAAGCCAUGCAGGCCGAGUACAUGCGCCAGCAGCAGGAGUGGCAGAUGCAACAGCAGCAACUCCAGGCGCAACAGCAACAGCAGCUUCAGCAGGAGGAAUGGAUGCGGCAGCAACAGCUACUCCAAAUGCAGCAACAGCAGCAGCAGUUCCUCAUGCCCCAGCAGCAGCCACUUAUGCCGCAAGCGACCGGCUUUGGCUCCAACAACCCCUUCGCGCCAGCGAUGUCACUAUCUACUUCCAACCUGCCCUCUACAAACGGCCUCCAGGCCGCAAGUCCGGUCUCGUUCAACUUGCAGGGCACCUACGGCCAACAGCCACAAGUGUCGCAGUCCCCUCCACCCGCCUCACAAUCCGCACCACCUGGUAGGCAGAGCACCAUGCCCGCGGUCAAGACGCGCGCAGACGAGGAGAAUGCGAAGCUCGCCGGCCUCCUGGCGAACCGGGAGGAAGGCAUCGACACGUUCGGAAACUUCGGUGCUCUCCGAUACGGACAACAGGCGGGGAAAUACAUGGCGCCGCAGCAGACAGGCCACAACCCGUUCGCGCACCAGCAGCAACAGCAGCAGCAGGGCGCGGAUCAACCCUUCUUCUCGAUCUAGGCUUCAGGACACACUACCUACAGCGUCCCUCGUUGCUCCCGUCCGCGCGCCCUCGCUCUCCUUCUCUCGUUGGUUCCGCCCAGCCACCAGCUAUACCCAUUCCUGUCGUCUGGUACCUGCUCUGCCCCCUAUGCGAAACGAUCGACCGCCUCGCGGAUUGUACCCGUUGACAAUGUUUGUAUGGUUUUGUUCAUGACUGUUGAAAGUAUUUGCCUUGGGAGCGUGGAGGGGAGCAACGGCACCUUGUUUGGUGCGUGGACCGUCAAAGAAGCCGAACGUUUGGAUGAUUCGCCGUGAUGAAGUCAGGGGGUGAAAUAAUACAGAACUCGUAAUACAUGUGUAGAUCUAGGCCUACGAAAUGUGCAGAGGUGAUACCGG